CUCGCAAUCAAUCGAUAGUUUUGUAAAUGAAUUUGGAGGACGGCUCGGAUAAGAAGAACCGUCCGCCCUACGCGAUUGGAACGAAGCUUAGCAAAUACUUUCCAGGGCAUGGCUGGUACAAAGGUGUUAUAACUUUUUUUCUCCAAAGCCGAGGGGUGGUACACGGUAACGUAUUCCGACGGAGACAAGGAAGAUUUGAUCGUAGACGAACUCCAGAAAAUUGCCAACGUUUCCCCCACAAAGUAUACGAGCACUGACAGCCUCGGAAACAUAGGCACCUUGCCAUUUCCAAACAAAGCUCUAAAAAUGCCCUAUAAUGAUACAGCUACCGAACCUCCCGAGAAAAAGGCGAAAAUUCAAUGUUCUCCAAAAGUCUCACUUUCGCUCUGGGAGAUUCACGGCCUCGACGAAAAGGUGCCGAUACAUAUCCCCAACUUACCGACGGCACUGCGGGAAAAUCGGCAAAAUAUAGCAGACUUUUUCCUUUUCGUAUACGAACGCCAACGGAUCUGGGAGCGACGUAACCGAGACGAAGCCCAACCGUGGUCUCAAAACCCAGUAUUCCUCGAUUGUUCCUUUUGCAACAACUACCGAGAACUGGAUCGCGGUACGCAGUUCUUCCAUGCGCAUGUUCUAGAUCUGAGAGAUAGCAUGGGGCCAAAUGUUUCAAAGCUGGACUGGCUAACCGCGGUGCUCUGGGCAUCUUACGUAUAUCGCCAGGUCAACAAGGUUGAAAGUUUCUUGCAACUGGGUUUUCCGGAACCACGAGACGCGGUGUCGUUUUUGAAACGCGCCUCCUCACAAUUCAAGGAAAAGGGUUGUUCCUUCUUCACCGGAGCGCACCAAACUCAAGGGUACGUCAACUAUCGACGUCAUGUUGAAGCUGUAGCCAGGAACGACGGUAAAUUGUUGCGAGAAGUCAGCAAAAAGAUCUCCAAUGCGUCAAAUACAAAGUUGUGCUUGAAGCAUCUACGUGCAUUUCCUGGGAUUGGGCAAUUCUUGGCGUGGCAGAUGCUUUGUGAUUUGCGCGAGUCCUAUUGUAUUGAUGCCAAGGUGGACGAUUACUGCGAGCUUGGACCAGGAGCCAUAAGUACGUGCAAUCUUAAAUUACGUGUUUUCCCAUUGUAA